AAGGAGGAAGAGGAGAAGCUCUUUCUUUCUCCUGCUUAGCUUAUUCACAUUUUGUUGUCCUCCUUGAUAGCUGCUUUCCUAUUUGGACGAUCAGUAAUUUGGAUUGUUUGUUCUUUUUGAUUGUUUUUAUCUCUUUACAUCAGCUCAUUGUUUUGUACUAUUUAAACAUUUAUACAGUUUUCCGAAAGUAUUUUGUCAUGUUUUUGAAAUCUUUUAAAUAGUUGCGAUUCUAAGUCUUCUUUUUUCAGUCUAGUUUCAUCUGGUACUUCACACGUCCAUCACUUUAUAUUCUAAAAUUGUUAUUUUUAAUUUUUUGUGAUGGUGGUUUAGUGUGCAACACACUGUGUAUAUCUACUCAGGAAGGUUGUCUGCUCUGGCCUGGUUCUGGCCCAGUUCUGGCCUGGCACGGUCCUGUUUUUGGGUUGAGCUGAGACCUAAGACCAUCCAUGCAGCGUUAUCGCCACUAUGGUACAUCCUACCCUGUCUCACCCUCCUCAGUCCCUGUAGAGGAGAUCCAUGCUGAAGAGGAGGAGGAGGAGGACGAGGUGUAUGCUGAAGAGAAGGUGUAUGGGGAGGAGGCAGAGCCCCUGAUAGAGGAGGAAGUGGAGAAGGAGACAGGAGGCGUUAAUGAGGAGGAGGUCACACAGAUGAAGGAGGAAGCUCAACCUGUUGCCCAGGAGACAGAGGGGAAGACACCACUGGUGGAAAGUAAGAAUGGAAAAAGGACGGAGAGAGCAACAGCAGGAGGAGAUGCAGCAGCAGGAGGAGGUUCAAAGUAUUCCAUGUUUACCUGGUUUGUGGUUCUGGCUCUGCUGGGUGUCUGGAGCUCGGUGGCCGUGGUCUACUUCAACAUUGUGGACUAUGACAGUGUCAUCGCCAGAGCUAAGGAGUUUCGUAUGAACUUUUCUGAAGUUCUACAAGGGAAACUGACAGCAUAUGACACUGACGGAGAUGGUGACUUUGACGUGGAAGAUGCUAAAGUUCUGUUAGAUGAAAAGAAGUUUAAAGCUCCUGCUCUUAGGAGAGACAGGCAGAGAAAAGAAGACAGAAAAGAGGUGAAGAAGAAAGGUAGAAGUAAAGAAGACAAGAUGUUAGAGAAGACUGAUCGAGAAAUAAAAAUCCCUAAAGCUGAAGCAGGGGAGACUGCUGCAACAAGGAACACAACUAGAGACCGUCCCAUCAGUGGCACCCGGCUGUGCUCUGCUCUGAGGGAAGAGCUGAGGAUGAUCCACGAGAAGAUGGAAGCCAAGAGAAUUGCUCGCAUCGCUCUGGCGGAGAUCAGGGCCUUCCUCGCUGAAGAAGAGGAUGAGAAGGAGACGGCCUGGGCGCUGAAGAUGAAGACGCUGGAGACUGCACAAGAGCAGCUGAGGUUGGAGAGGGAAAGGAUGGAGAAGGAGAAGGCUGAGAAGGAAAGGAUGGAGAGGGAAGCAAAGGAUAAGGCAGAGAAAGAGAGGCUGGCUCAAGUGAGGGCAGAAAAGGAGAGACAAGAGAUGGAGAGAUUGGCCAAAGAAAAGGCAGCCAAAGAGGAGAGGGAACAACAGGAGAAAGAGAGGGUGGAGAGGGAAAAGAUGGAGAGAGAUCGCCUUGCCAGAGAACGAGAGAAGGCAGAGAGGGAACAACAGGAGAAAGAGAGACUGGAAAGAGAGAGGGCUGAAAAGGAAAGGAUCGAAAGAGAAAGAAUAGCCAGAGAGAAGGACAGGAUGGAGAGAGAGAAGACAGAGAAGGAGAGACUUGAGAAAGAAAGGAUUGCCAAAGAGGAAGCAGAAAAAGAAAGACUGGAGAGGGAACGCAUUGCUAGGGAAAGAGAGUGGAUCGCCAAAGAGAAGGAGCUGCAAGAAAAAGAACGCAUCGCCAGAGAAAGGGCAGAAAAAGAGAAGCUAGAGAAAGAGCGCAUCGCCAGAGAAAGGGCAGAAAAAGAACGGCUAGAGAGAGAGCGAAUUGCCAGAGAAAGGGCAGAAAAAGAAAGGCUAGAGAGAGAACGUAUCGCCAGAGAAAGGGCAGAAAAAGAAAGGCUAGAGAAAGAGCGUAUCGCCAGAGAAAGGGCAGAAAAAGAAAGGCAAGAGAGAGAACGUAUCGCCAGAGAAAGGGCAGAAAAAGAACGGCUAGAGAGAGAGCGUAUCGCCAGAGAAAGGGCAGAAAAAGAAAGGCAAGAGAGAGAAUGUAUCGCCAGAGAAAGGGCAGAAAAAGAACGGCUAGAGAGAGAACGUAUCGCCAGAGAAAGGGCAGAAAAAGAAAGGCUGGAGAGGGAACGCAUUGCCAAGGAAAGAGAAAGAAUUGCAAGGGAGAAGGAGAGGAUUGAGCGAGAGAGGGACGAAAAGGAGAGGCAAGAGAAAGAACGAAAAGCCAUAGAACGAGCAGAGAAAGAAAGACUUGAGAGAGAACGUAUUGCUAAGGAAAGAGAGAGAAUCGCCAGGGAAAAAGAGAGAGCAGAAAAGGAAAGACUGGAAAAAGAAAGAGUAGCUAGAGAGAAGGAAAAGAUGGAGAUGGAACGUAUUGCCAGGGAAAGGGCAAGGAUUGCUCAGGAGAAGGAGCGACUAGAGAAAGAAAGAGCAGAAAAGGAGAGGGCAGCUAGAGAACUGAGGGAGAGGAUGGAGAGGGAAAGAAUCACCCGGGAGAAGGAGAGAAUUGAACAGGUGAGACUCGAGAAGGAAAGGAUGGAAAAAGAAAGAGCAGCGAGGGAGAAGUUGGAGCGUGAGAGAGCUGAGCUGAUGGAGAGGCAGAGGCUCGCCAGAGAAAAGGCUGCUCGGGACAAGAUGGAGGCAGAGAGGCUGGCAAAGGUAGAAGUGAAGAAACAGGAGCUCCUCGAGAGGAAACCAAAUGCUUCCCAGCCGAAAGUUCCAGCAGCGGAGGUUAGAAGUGACAGAGGAAGUGUGUCAGCAGUCAGGAGGGAGAAAAGUGUGGUGGAGGAGAAGAUGGCUGUGGGCGGGAAGAAAAAAUGACACCCUGGAUCUAAGUAACUAUCGUGUAAAUGGUGCUAAAGCUCUGAUUGGCUGCAGGCUGAAAGGAAGCAUAGACAAGGGGCAUGAAAAAUAAUGUGGAAAAUACUUCAACUUUAAUCCCUCUCCAUGACGGAGCUGGUGAAUCCACACUUUACAGAGUAAGGACAAUAAAGAAAUUUUAGAGAACAGGACAUUUGCUGUUAUCCCAACAGCAUGACAUCACAAUUUUUCUUUCUUUGAUCACAUGAAAAUAUUUCCUAUUAAAGGUCCAGUGUUUAGGAUGUAGGGGGAUAUAUUGGUAGAAAUAUAACAGGUAUGUUUUCUUUAGUGCAUAAUCACCUGAAAACAAGAAUUGCUGGAAGAACACUGAUUUUUCGUUAAUAUGAAACUGCUUAAUUCAGAGUUUUACCAGUUUAAAUCACCAAGUCUGUUUGUUUUGGAGAGGAGGAAACCAGGGUUAGAGCAUACUUCUUUUAUGGCCAAUAUUGAUUUUUAUAUUCUAGAAUUCUGGCCACAUGAAACAACUACUGGGCAUAUGAUUUAAAUAGCUGUAUAAUCGGCUAUGAAUUUAAACAACAAGAAAGCACUUAAUUAAAUAACUUGAAAAUAAGCCAAAUGAAGAAGCCAUCUGUUGAACAGAAUGACUAAUCAGAAGUUCAGCGGCAGAGGCAAAGGAGGAAAAGGACUGGGUGCCACAAGCAUCACCAUAAAUCAUGAAAGUUGCAAUCUGGCAUCUGAGUGGAGCUUAUCUCAGGCCUUUUCUACAAGGAGACCAACAGUGUGUUGAAGGUCUUCCUGAAGAACUUGACCCAUGAUGCCAUCACCUAACUACACCAAGAACGCUAAGAGUAGAACCGUGACUCCCAUGGAUGUGGCGUAUGCUCUGACGAGGCAGGGACACACUCUGUACUGCUGGUGACUAAAUAGAUCAAUUCGUAUUGAAAAUCCUAGAAUCUGGUCUGCAUAAUAUAGGUUUAUAUUUAAGUUGUCUUGGCAGCAUACAUUAUAGGUCAACAAUGUUAGGCUAUUUAAAAUGCUAUUGAUGAAGGUAUUUAUUUAUUUGGCAAAUAUCCCUCCGGACAUUUUGGCCUUUGUCUGCCGGACAACUACACAUGAUACCGGCAAAGACUAACAUAAACCCUUGAAGGAACCUCUAUGGAUAUUUAACCUCCUAAACAUCUGGAUUUUAAGGUAUCAAACAAAAAUGGUGAGCAUGAAUUAGCAGGUACUGGGGUAACGUCCGUCCCUGAUAUGCCAGUCAACAUCAGAAAGCACUGAUUUGUAACAUUAUGCCUCUUUAUUCAGGGUUUUUACUGAAUCACCUGGUCUGUUUGUUUUGCAGAGGAAGAGACCUCUGUGGAAAAUUCAGUUCCCUGAAUUUUUUAAAUCUCGAACAUUGAACACUGAAGGAAUUCUAACCAGGAGAAGUUUUAGCUGGUUGCAAUCUGUAGUCCUCACCACUAGAUGGCACUAAAUCCCCCUAAAUCUUAUACACUGUUCCUUUAAGUAAAUAUUCUAAAAGAAGUCAAAUAAUGGUAUACUGUGAUAUGAGCCUGCCAUUCAUAUCAGUGGUGACAUUCUGGUGAUUGUUCUUAUAUUCAUCUGCUGCAGUCUUUUAAGGGUGUUUUUUUCCUUCUUUUCCAAAUUGACCAUUUUGUAGUUUGUGGUAUUAAAAUUUUGUGAAGAACUCUUGAAAAUCCUAAAACAUGGUGGGAAUGUAAAGGGGGCGAAAAAGAAAAUGUGUAAUAUUAAUUUCAAACUGUCUUUUGGAAGCGUCUUGCUUCAGUUUGCAUGGUGGGUUGAUGUCACUGUAGAUUAUGUUUUAAGUUGUGAGUUUUAUUUUGGUGAAGAAAACAUGUAAAUCUGAGUAGCAGAAGAAGGCGUCUUCUUAUCUCAUGAUGCCAGCAUCAAUUUGAAUUUUUCACACAAAGUUCAGAGCCUUAUGUUUGCAUCCUAAUUCAGAUCUGAUAAAGUCAUUUAGUGAAGAAAAUACUGAUUAAUAAAGUUUGCCAUAUGGUGCACUCUGCUGGAAACAGUCAGAUUUAACUUUGAAGGAAAACAAAAAAUAUUAAGCUAAACAUCAAAUAGGCCUACUCAUUAUUUAAAAUACUUGCUAUUUAAAAACACUGACUGUUCAAAGCACCCUUUUUCUGACAGAUUUUCCAUCAGUCUGUGGCAUGUAAUAUUGUAUUUAGGGUAAUAGUUUGGUGAAGGUGUCGUCUUACAUGACACAGAUACCGUAGAUGUGUUCAGACACUGUAUUCAAGUAGGUUUGAGUCUGGUGUAAUUUAAAAACUUGUCAGUGUUGAAAAGGAUUAAUGGAAUCACUGAAGGGUUCAAUUUUAAGAACCCACUUAAGGGAUUAAUUUAUGUAGAGUUAUACUUGAGAAUUUAAUUUGUUUCAUUGUGUUUUCAUGGGGUUUUUUCUGUCUUUAACUCAUGUUUUUGUCAGAUAUGGUCGUUUCUUGGCUCCUUGGUUUUUGGCUCUUUUGGCAUCUUUGCCAGAUGCUAGUUUUUCUUGGAGGUUCAUGUUAGUAAGCUACUGAGGUCAUGAGCUUUUGUAGAAGUGAAAACAGACCCCCCCCCCCCCCCCCCCCCC